AUGGCGAAUGCGGCGUUUCAGCAACGCCAACAACAACAACAGCAGCAGAAUCAGCGGCAGCAACAUAAUGAAUUGCAACAACGUUUGCAGGCGCAACGCUUGCUGCCACCGCCACCUCCACCGCCUCCGCAUAUGGUUUGGCCACCGUUGAACGGUGUUGGUAUGGGUGGUAUGUUACCGCCGCCACUUAAUCAGCAGUUACAGCAACAGCAGCAGCAGCAACGUACACAAACAGCAAAUUUGCCGCCACCGCCACUGUUGCACGGCGCUCACGAUAUGCCGCAUCUGAGUGUGAGCGAGACGCCGCUAUACCACCAACAGCCCAACCAAAUGUUGGAUCAAGCGCUGCUGACACCACCACGUUACGCGGGAGCAGCCAUGCCAACGAUGCCGCCCACAACUAACCAUCAGCAACGCCAGCAAUAUUUUGAUUUCUUCAACAACAAAAUGGGGCUGCUGAACUGAUGGUCAAUGUAGCUGAAUGGUUAAGAACGUAAUACAGAGAGGUGAAUAAAUUGCAAGCAUGUUGCUGAAUCGCUGCUUAUGCUAAUGCUGCAUGGCUGCAUACAACCUAUUCGCGGCUUAAUAAUACGUGAACGUAUUCAGCGCUCGUGUUAGUAAAAUGCCAACAGCGCUAGCAAAAUGAACUAUGUAAACGAACGUUUGCAUAACGUGUACACCAGUCAAAUUGAAAUUUAUAAGACGUAAAUGGAAUUCCGCACUUAAGCUCGUACUUAAGCUAUAACUAUAUUAAUAAUCGUAUUUAGGCUGAAUAAGCUCAAAAGCACAUUCGAAAACCAAAUGCUCAUUAUACAAUGUCGUUAGUGUAGUGGGGAAAACACACAGUAAGAAAGUAUUGUAUAUUUUAUUUUUUUUUUAUUACUUUAACUAUUUUAAUGAAUACUGCGAAUUUUUAAAAUGGAAAAAAUUAUUUUCGGUAAGAAUUUUAUUUUUGUGCAGGCACAGAAGCUCGUAACAAAAGUACAAUGGAAAGUGUACUUUGUAAAUGCCACAAUUUGUUAGUUUUAAAAAUUGUUUGUUCUUCAGCAAACAGCCGGUAAUAAUUUAAUAAUUUUAAUUUCUAAAAUUUUAAUAUUAUUUUCAUCUUCAUAAAAUGAGUAACCUUUCGUUUUAACGAAUUUAUUAUUAAUAAAAUUGAUAAUAUUAUCAAUACUUUUUCGUAUAGUCUAAUAAUCUUCGAACUGUGCAUAUACGCUUUUGAAAGUUUAAAAAAGUUUAGUUUUGAAUAAUUUUCGACAUUCACAAGCAAUUUCGUUGGCCAGUACCAAGCAAAUACUCGCUCGAAAAUAAUUUUUAAUUUAGUUUUUAAUUAUAUUUAUUUGUAAGUUUCUAAAUAUAAUUUAGUUAAAGGAAACAAGUAUUUUUUUAGUUAUCGAAUAUUUUUUUUUUUAAUUUUUUAAUAUAUUAAAUUUUGUUAUAUUUUUUUUAAUAUUUAUGCAUAAUGUUGGGUUUUUAAAUUUUAAUUAACUGUCAUUAAUUAUACGAUUAUAAUUAAUUAUCAUUAAAUACAACUAAAACAAAGAUUUCCAAAUUUUAUGUUUCGAUUUCUUAUAUAAAAAAUAUUAAAAAAAAUUAUAUUAUUUUAUUAUAUAUUUUUUUUAAUAUUUUUACUUUGUUUUCGUAUUUCAGUCUAGUAUUUUUUAAACAUCAUUUUAACAAUUCAAGUGGAAAGUGUAAAUAGUGUAAGUUUACACCGACUACUUUAGUAUUUGCCCGCACAAUAGAUUUCCUAAAAAAGAUGUAAAAAGCAGAAAAAUAGUAUUCAAACAUUGUAUUUUUAAAAAACACACAAACUGUAUUAGACCACUAUGCAAUAGUAUAUUUUCAAGCCAUAAAGUAAUAUUUAUUCAUUUAAAAGUUAAACACACACAAACAUACCGUCAAAAUCAAAAUGACAUGCCAUUUACACUUAAACGUUCGUUUUGCUUUAAAACUGUUACUUUACUUUACUGUUAAAACAAAUAUUGAAUAUUUUUUAUAAACCCCUUCAAACAAUGUAAGCGAUUGAGGUUAGGGUGUAUACCAGGAAAUCACUACGACGAGCAUUCCACAAGCGAAUCUGGUGUGUAAAGUGAAAAGUUCUCAAACACAAAACGAAGCUGCAUGAGGAACUUGAUUAAGUGUAAAUUUUGGCAUAAGAGAUUAAAAAAUUAAAAUUAAAAAUCAUAAAAAAAAAUAUUUGAAAAAAUAAGUGAAAUCCAUUAAAAAAAUUUAAAAUUUAAGAAAGAAUUAAUUUGGCCUUAUUAAGAAACUUAUUUGGAACUUUAAAUGUGCUAAAAUUAGUAAAUAAUAUUAAAAUUAGUUUUAGCUUGUAAAUUGCGGAAUUGUGUUGUAGGUGAGUUUGAAGUUAAAUUAAAAACAAAAAAACAUUACAAAAUAAAUAACUUGAGGUAAAAGCGAAAAAUAUAAUAGAAAACAAAAAAAAAUGUUGUAUUAAAACAUAGCAAAAUUUUUUCACAAACUUUUAAGCUCGAGUUAUUAUACCAAAAUACUUUAAAAUUUAAAAACAUAAAAUUUAAACAAAAUAAUGUUUGCAAAAAAUAAAUUAACUACUUAACCUACUUGUAAAAAAUCAUGGACAAUAAGAAACUUUAAACGGAAAUUUAAAUGAGUUUCGUAAUAAGAAAUUUCCAAAGCUUCCUCGCCAUAUAAAUAUUUUACCUGCAUUUGUUUUUGUAAAUUAAUUCACCAAAUCAAAUUGACACUUUAUCUGUACUAAAAAAAAUAUGAUUCCAAUGUUGCACUAUCCCUUGUUAAAUUCAUACGAAUAACACAAUCGAAAUGAACUCACACAAAAUACAGGAAAUGCAAUUACAACGAAUCACAAUAGUAAAAAAUACAACAAUACAGUUGCAGUUAAAAUAAACAGCAGGUUAAGGAUAUGAGAUAUAUAAAAAAUGUGCCAAAAUGAAAUGUACACAAAAUUGAAGAAACUCAAAUGCAUAAAAAAAAGGUUUCCUAAACAACGAACUCAUUUCGUUUCUUCCUCAAGCACCCAUGAGAAGCACAGUUAAAAUGAAAAUUUUUAAAUUUAAACCAAAAAAAAAGUGAAAUUUAAGUUAAAAAAUAAUAAUUUGUAUGUCGCCACAAACCACUUGUCGCAACACUAACUAUUUCCAUAUACUUACGUAUAUGUUUCCUUAAUUAAUAUUAAUUUUUUUUAUUUUUAAAAUUUCGGUUUUAAGGUUUUGGGUAUUUUUUCGCAAAGAAAUUAUGCCCUCUAUAUCCUGACCGUACAAUCAAGCUAGAAAAUCCAAAGACAUGUACUGUUCGCACAAUAAGUGUGGCAAUAACGCCACCGCAGCCCUCAACGAAGGUUGUAGUUGUGUGUAUGUACGCUUAAUUUUAAAUAUAUUUUAAGGUUAGUUUUACCAAACCCUCACGACUAUUAUGUAUUUCUUAUUUGUAAGUGCUCGUCUUCGUACUUGUCUGUAUAUAGUUGUAUGUGUUUAUUAUAAUGUAACGGUUUUUUUUUUACCAUAAAAAGUGAAUUCUUAGCGGCCAUAAACUCAAAAAUAUUGAGUGAAAUCAAAUUGAUGAACGUAAUUAUUAGAAAAUAAUUACAUUAAUUAAUAACUUAUGUAUAGAGCAUAUAAAUAAACAAGUUUAAUUACACAAAAUUUGAAUGUUAAAUUAAAACUAAAGUUGAAAUUAAAUUGAAAAAAAAAAAAAUAAUUUUUAAGCACAAAUUUUUCGGCAGCGUGCAAGCGUCUGAAGAAAUUUGUUUUAAUGCCUUAUAAAUCGUUAGUUAUAGCAACAAGUUAUAUUUAAUUAAAAUUAAAAUAAAAACAAAAACAUUAUAAAUCUCCAAUCUACAAUUCAGCGCAAAUCCAAAGAAAUUAAUAACAAGCUUGGAGGUUAUAUAAAAGCAACAGUGCCAUAAAGUUAAAAUAUAUGAAAGCGAAACCAUAAAUAUUGCUUUAAGCCCACAACAAACAAACUGUAUGUGUUUCUCUGUUCAAUGUUAUUUUUGAGUUGUUUUACUGCAUAGUUUUAAGUAAUUUUUUAAUAAUUUUUUACUGCUUGUUUUUAGCUUUGUAGACUUUUCAUAUAUCUCUCUCUGUACAUUGUGUGUAUGUAUUAUUAAUUUAAAACUAGUUUUAUUAUUAUUUUUAAUUAUACUUAAGUCUUUGAUUACAAUAUUUCAUAUGUAUGUACAUACAUUGGCAUAUGUAUAAAUGCAAAAC